AGUUUCUGAUCUUCCAAAAUUUAGUUUUAUAAACAUAGCUGCUACAACUCCAUGCAAAACAGAAACACCUUCACAAUUAAAGAAGCAAUUCUACAAAUGUCUUUUUUCAUUAAAAAGUUCUCGAACACCUAAACCAUAAUCAAGGUUUAACUCACCUCACAAACAAACAAACAAAAAAACACCAAGGGUUUACAUCUUUCAGGUUUUAAUAAAGACGGGUAUUGUUAUCUGAUGUUUGGCAUGAACCAUAUGCUUGUGGUACUAUCCUACAAUAUUUUUAUUGUCUCUAGGAUGAUAGAACCUUGUACCAAUAUAUUUCAAAGUGAGAUGUGCAAGUUUGGCCACCCUUGUACCAAUUUUAUGUCAAACCCAGUGAAUCACGACGUACUAUCAAGAGUAGAGUGAAGAUAUGCACACCUGAAGCAAACUGAGAUGUAUGGAUUUGACAAAGACAAGAGUUUCAAAGAACAGAAAGAACCAGCCUAUAUUGGAUCAGACCACAGUACCACACUGGCUAAUUGAAGAUAAGCCCUAACAGACCACACUGUCAAUCCAAAUUUUCUUUCUGUUAAGAAAAAAAAAUACUCCUAAAACCAUAAGUUCCCCACUGACCCCAUGCCCAUUAAAAUCCUGACCUUAAGUUCCCCAGUUCCAAGUUUUACACUGAGGUAUGCAAUAUGCAUUUGAAAAAGAAAUUGCUGCUACUUUGGAGUAAGAAGCUUGAUAAUUAUUCUCUAUUUAAUAGGUCAAAUUUAAUUUCCUACUGAAUCUGAGUAAGAGGGUAAGAGCUCAUGUUGUUUUUAACCAGGCCACAACAAGUAACACAAUAAAAGUUCCUGAGAAGCUCCCAAGGUUAAAGGAGAACUUUUUAAACAUCUAUUUCACUGUAUGUGAAGAUUUCAUGCUUUUGUAUGAUUAACCAAUCCCAUAUACAACCAUGUAGAGAAAAGAGCAAUAAAGGAGCUUCGCAAAUCUCAAUUACACAGUAAACUGCAACUCUGCAAGCUGUCAAUAAUUAUGUUUUUGCGUACUAUAAUUCAGUAUGUGCCACUUUAAGAAAAACACUUGCAUUAGUAUGAUCACAUGCUUCACUCACUUGGGCAGCUUCAGCAAGAUGAAAGCAUUUUCCAUAAAGACCAAUGACAUCUAUGAGCUAAAUAAGAAGUACAUACAACCUAAGUAUACUCCAAAUAAAAGACCUUCAUGCAAAUGGUGAUGGUUAGGGGUUGUAAAUUGGACGGAUUAGUCUGGACUUUGCCAAAUCCAAAUCCAAUCCAAAAUAUUUCGUAAUUAUAAAACAUAAGGAAAUAUUUCCCCAUUAGGGCCAUGAGUUAUAGUGCUAUUCCACUUGGGUGUCCCAUGGUUUCACUAAUUUUAUUUUAGUGCCACAAAGAUUUAGUAAAUUUUUCAUAAUGGUUAGAGAAAUUUCAUUUUGGUGCCUUAUAGAUCACUAAUUCCAUUUUAGUACCGUGGACUUUUGGAAACCUUUCUACUUUGAUGUCAUGAGGUUCCAACAAUUCCAUUUUGUUGACUUGAGGAUUAAAUUAUUGUUGACUUUGGUAACAUUUGAUUAACUUCCUGAGUCUCUCUAUGUUAAAAGAAAUCUUUAAAGGAUAAUGUUUUUUUUUUUUUUGGAUAAUUUAGUUAAUUUCAUUAAAACUCAUAAUAGAGUUAAAAGGCCAUACAAUAAAGUGCCAACACUAUAACAUCUUGAAAGACAAAUACAUGAAAACGCCAAACCAAAACGCUCCAAAACCACAAAGACCCCUUAACAAUAUCACCACUAAAACGAGCAAAAAACAACAAACCAACCACGUUGAAGAACCGAGAAACACCCACGCCUACUGACUGAGAAACAACAAACUAAGACAACAUCAAUAAAUAUUUAUAAAAAUCAGUAUUAAUACGCGACGAAGUGAAUAAGUCCCCAAGGAGCAUUGUAAUUCAGAAACGAUAUAUGCACACUAACACGUGAUUACUAGCAGUAAAUCGGAACUAGUGAAAUCCAAAGGCACUAAGAUACAACUUAUUUCAAAUUGAGAAACCAAAAUACAUUUGUAAAAGGCACUCAAAGUGGAAUUUCACAAAGCCUUGGGGCACCAAAGUGGAGAAUAAACAAGUACCAAAAGUAUUAGCUAACAACAUAAAUUUUAUUAAAAUACACUAACAGAGAUAUUUGCUUAUACACAAGUAGUCUCGGGAUCGAUUUUCACCUUACGCAAGUUAGGAUCCCCUUUAUUCCCCAAAUUGUCAAGUGUUCUCCUUACCUUAUUCUUUAUAAAAAAAAUCUGCUUAACAUGCACUAGUUCCACAAAAAAAAAUAUAACCAAAUCAUGCAUAUCUGAAUAAAAUCAAGCAUACAGCACUUCAUGUGGAAGAUAGUGAUAACAUAUCCAUUUUAUUAUUGCCAUUCCAAAUUUCUAUAUGGUCCUACAUACAAGAUAAACUUCUUUAAUGAUAAGCAAUCUGCUCCCACUUAAUAUAACAAAGCGAAUUGACCUCCAGCUUCAAGCAUUCAUCAUAACAUCAUAUGAAAUAACCUCAGAUACAAGAAAUACGCACCACAAAAGAUACACACAGCAUCAAACAUCCAUGGAUUACCUGAGCUUUGUGUUGUGUCUGCUUUUAGCAUGGAUUGUAUUCCAUCUCUUUCUUUCCAAUGUUAAAAAAGACAGUGAUUCAAAUCCAAGGAUAUUACCACCAGGUCCUCCUACACUACCUAUCUUUGGCAACCUCUUUAGCCUUGGCACCAAGCCACAUAUCUCCUUGACUGAACUUGCCAAGAGAUAUGGCCCUCUAAUGACACUGCAGCUCGGCCGUGUACCAACUGUGAUCAUUUCUUCAGCUGCCAUGGCCAAAGAAGCCCUCCAAAGGAAUGAUCUUGCCUUCUCCAAUAGGAUGGUUAUUGAUGCUGUUUGCGCAGUCAAUCACCAUGAAAACUCAAUAGUCUGGCUUCCAUUAUCACCAAAAUGGCGAAAUCUUCGCAAAAUCUGUAACUCUAAAGUUUUUGCCACUAGUAGACUUGAUGCCAGCCAAAGCCUUAGAACAAAGAAGGUAAAAGAUCUGCUUUCCUAUGCCCAAAAAUGCAGUGAAUCUAACAUUGCAAUGGAUGUUGGGCAAGCAGCAUUCACAACUACCUUGAAUCUGUUAUCAAGCACAAUCUUUUCAGUGGAUUUGGGUGAUCCUAGUUCGAAAUUUUCUCGUGAAUUUAAAGAGAUAGUACGAGGUGUAAUGGAAGAAGCAGGAAAACCCAACUUUGCAGAUUAUUUCCCAUUUCUAAAAAGAUUCGACCCACAAGGCAUCAGGCGGCGUACAAGUGUUCAGUUCCAAAAGAUGAUAGAUUUAUUCAACUCUAUGAUUGAUCAACGAUUACAGGGCAACAAACCAUCAGAUUCAAUACUAGGCAAUGAUGUUCUUGAUGCAUUAUUAGGCAUUAAUCAAGACAAAACAGAGGAAAUCGACCCAAUAAACAUCCCUAGCUUAUUAGUGGACCUAUUUGCAGCAGGAACAGAUACAACAUCAAGCACAAUGGAGUGGGCAAUGGCGGAAUUACUUCGAAACCCAGAAAAAUUGAAGAAAGCACAACAAGAAUUACGAGAAACAAUUGGAAAAGGUAACCCAGUUCAAGAAUCCGACAUUGCCAGACUCCCAUAUUUGCAGGCAAUAGUAAAAGAGACUUUCAGAUUACACCCAGCAGUGCCAUUUUUAGUACCCAGAAAAGUAGAUUCAGAUGUAAAAUUAUUUGGGUUUACAGUACCGAAAAACGCACAAGUUUUGGUGAAUGUAUGGGCAAUUGGAAGAGAUCCUAAUAAUUGGGAGAGACCCAAUUCAUUUGAACCUGAAAGAUUUAUGGGUUUAGAAAUGGAUGUGAAAGGUUUUCAUUUUGAGUUAAUUCCUUUUGGUGGUGGACGUAGGAUUUGUCCUGGAUUACCAUUAGCAAUUAGGAUGAUCUAUAUGAUGUUGGGAUCUUUGAUUCAUGGGUUUGAUUGGAAGUUAGAAGGUGGGAUUUCACCCGAGAAGAUGGAUAUGGAGGAAAAGUUUGGAUUUACGUUGGAGAAAGCUCAGAGACUUCGAGCAAUACCAGUUUGUAUUUAGAGCAUUUUUUUGUAAUUAUGUUCAUUGUAUUGGUCUGUUUUCCCCUCUGCUAAUAAACGAUUAAGCACAAUGAUAUAGAAAUGAGUUGAUCUUAAA